AUGUCUAAAAAAGAAAAUAUAGGCAAGGAUAGACCAUUGCAACAUGCUAUAAUAACAAAACCGGAAGCUAAUGAAAUUUCAGAUUCAUCUACGGGUAACUGCAAUAGAUUUGGAAGCAGCAGCAUAAUUUCCAACUCAUCUAAUCCUAUCAAAUAUAUGAAUACAAAUGACAUAUUCGAUAGUGCUAAAGGCAGAAAUGGUCAGCUUAGCGGAUCGGUAACAUCAACUAAGAAAUCAAUAGAUACUUUCAAAACACCAGUGCGUAAUGGCAGUGCCGAAAUAAUAGUUGACAAUGAAAGGUAUAGUCCACUGGGACUAAAGAAAGCAUCCAAUCAAAGAACGCCUGAUCUGGAGAAAAUAGCCAACUUCUUUAAGAAUAAAAGAACACCAAGAAGGAACAAAAUACUAGAAACUUCUGAAUACUCUGAUUCUGAUGAUACACCUAUAAGUCAAAGAAUGGUCAUGCAUGAAGAUUUAUCUCCCUCAAAAGCUAGCACAGCAAAGAAAAACUUAUUAAAUGAUGUAACAGCCAUUGAAGACACUACAGAAACUGUUAUUGAUGAUUCUAGAUUGAGUACUGGUUUGAAAGAGAUCGUUUUGCCAAUUGGUGAGCCGUUUCUGAAUAACUCCUCUCCAUUUAGAGACGGGACCGCUAAUCCAUAUCAUGCAUCCCAACUGGGUGCUGAAGAAGUUAGCCACAUUGGUAGCCAUCGUAGUGAUAACAACAACGAAAACUCCAAUAAUGGAAAAACUACAGCAGUUGAUGAACACUCUCAAUAUAAUACUAUAUCAGAUGGCAGAUUCAUAUUUCGGAUUAGCGAUAAGAAUGAAGCAAAUAGUGCAGCAGCCACACAGCGGAUACAGGGUAGUCAAAAUGAGACACAAUCAACAGAGUUGCUUGACAAUACAACACAACAUGAUACUAGUUUAAUAAAGGAAAAUGGCGUUACAAGUAAUUCACAGAAUUCUUUGGACUCUAAAACCCCAGAAGUUUACAAGACUGGGUAUGAGUCAGGUAUGUCGUCGCAAUCUGUCAUAGAUGUAACAACACCAUUAAAUUCCGUACUCUUAUCACAUGACAACGUUAUAGAGGUUCCACGUACAAGCUCUCCUUCGAAAUCGAAAGUUCCUCGAACUAAGAUCACAUCAAGUCAAAAUGAUCAGCAUCUGGAUACUCAGUACUCUUCAUAUAACCAGAAGGUUUAUCUGCAAGUCAUUAGUGCUGCUAACAAGGAUUAUGAGCAAACUUAUGGGGAUACCCAACUAAUAGAGGACAAAGAGUCGCAUAUUAUAAGUGAUGGAGAACAAACCCAAGAACUGCCAGAGAUUGAGGAAGAGGCUGAAUUGGAUGAUUCUAUUAGUCAACAUCAUUCUACAAGAAAUUUCUCUCAAGAUAUAUCAUCCAAAACUGAGCAGAUAAGGGCGACGGCAAAUAUUUUAGCAACUUCUUCAGAAGAUGAUGCGAACGAUCAUGAGUCGCCUUGCAACAAACGAGCUAAGAUCUCGGAAAAGGAAGGUCUAGCCAAACCAGAUAAGAUCAAUUCUAACAAUCUGUAUAAACAAGAAUGGAUUAAAAAGUUAAAACUUCAGAAUGAUAAUGUACAAAACUUGGGUACUCUAGAACCCAAAGAUAUAAUAUUUGAAGAUGCAGUAUGGUAUCAAUAUGAUGCGAACUUAAAGUUUUACCCAGGUCGAAUAGAAUCAAUUGACUACAUAAGAAAUAAAGCGCAAAUUCGGCAUAAAACCGGUACAGUUGAAGUAAACAUUGGAGAUGUCUAUUAUUUGAAUUUAUUAAUAGGUGAUCAUGUUGAUUGUGGUGGAUAUACAGGGGAGAUUAUUGCAUUAAAAUGUCUAUCUGAGAACAGUAAAGACUUUCGAUGUGUCAGAGGUUUUGACCAUGUGCUUUUGAAAAGACUGUCGGGUAAUGGUAAGCUCGGAUUGGAAGUAUUUGAGAUGCCAAUAUCUGACAUAUGUAUGUCCAUAGAGCAAUGGAUGAAAAGAAGCAAAAUACACGUAGUUAGUCAUCCACCCUCUCUUGAACCAGGGAAUGAUCUUUCUACACCUUCACGUAGUGGGAAGCGCUCUAGUCGAACAUCACCUCGCAAGAAUAACAAAAAUGCUAUAUAUAUAGAGAGCUCAACACCAGCAAAGCUAAAAUCCGAAACAGCGAAAGAAGAUCAAAGGAGUUCACCUAUUGUGCCGAUCAAUAUAUCAUUCAAUACUUCAAUGCCCGAGUGUACGAUAAAUGAUGAUUAUGACAACUACAACGAGGCUUUGUUUGUAUUCAGUAGUUUAGCUGAUAAUUCUACUGAACUUACAGAACGUAUUGAACAACUUGGGGGACUCGUUCUUGAGGAGGGAUUCUCGAGCGUUUUUGAAUAUUGCGCCCAGAAUAGAUUUGAUGAUACUAUUAUAAGAGAGAAAUAUGGUAUAACUGUGAAAAAUAUACAGCCUGAAUUAAUACCAAAAGAUGAUUCACCCAUCUUUACGCGUUCAUUUGCUUGUGUGGUUUCUCGAAGGCAUUUACGAAGCCUUAAGUACCUGGAAUGCUUAGCCCUUGGCUGGCCCACCAUACACUGGAAAUUCAUUGAGGAUGUAGGGUCUAUAUCUCAUGCAUCAAUAAAUCAACUAUGGAAUUAUCUUUUACCCUCUGGUGAGAGCUUGAGACUGGCGGAAGCUGACCAGAGGCUGGGUGUAAUAAUAUCAAAUAACAUAUUUGAAUUUACAAGAAAUUAUCUAAAAGGAUAUUCACUAAACCAACAGUGUUCAAAUAGAUCCAAUAUUCUCCGUGAUUAUACCAUAAUAGUACUAGGUUCAUCCCAAUUAGAUAAUUUUUUGAAUUUUGCCUUUUCCUGCCUUGGUGCGGCUCAUGUCAGUUACAUUUUUCCAUCAUCAAUUUCGGAUUAUUCAGAUCUAUUAAAAAAUACACUGUCAAAAAAACAGCGCCUAGUUGUAAUAGAAAAUAUUUUUAGAUUAUUGGGUGAGUUAAGAGACUAUGAGGGUAUAAAUGUUACAGAUAAUAUCAUUUUGUUCGUGAAUUGUAAUAGUAAUGAAAAAGACGAUAAACUUGUAGAUAUGCUAAGAAGAAAUCAGAAAAGAGAAGCCAUUCCAGAUUACUUAUCAAUAAAUAUUGAAUCAAAGGAGUGGCUAAUUCAAACCAUAAUCAAUGGUAGCAAUGGGUUCAGUAGAGUAGUUGGUUAG